AAUGUCAAUCAAUCCAAUCAUUUCGAAAAAAGAACGAAAACCUAAACACUUGUGUGAUCUGAUCACUGCUCAGUAGCUAGCAUUCUAAGCAUCAGACCGCGCGUUUCACAUUCUCCAGAAGGAAAAUACGCGGUGAAAUUUAAGAAUGGGGAAGAGUAUGAUAUGGGUGACAGCUGAGGAGAUGGCAAGGAACAGGGGAAAGGUUCUCUCUCUGUAUCGCCAGAUACUGAGGAGUCUUAACUCUCCCAUUCUGCCACUGAAUUUGGCUGCCAGGCUUCAGAAGAAAGCCGAGGCACGCACCAUCUUUCUUCUAGGUGCCGAGGAGCGGUCCCGGCACAACAUUGAUGACCUCCUCGACGCUGCAGAGUACACAGCCUCCCUCUUGAAGAAAGGGGAGCUCCCAAAACACAUCCAAGUCUAAAACUCGAAAUGCUCAAUCGCCACAUGGUAAUAAACAACUGUGCAAAUAGACUCACACAGGAAAUGCAUGACCUAACUUUCAGCACCCAAUGAUUGAGCAGAAGAGCCUCUGAUCUGUUUGGCUUCCAAAGCUGUCGCCUAAUUUGAAGCUGUCAUCCU